CUUCCCGGCGCCUGUGCUCGCCUGGCUGCGUCUUUUUCUUCCGCCAAUGUCGUGACUGUGGCGCCACCUCCUCCUUUAUUUCUCAAACGGGUUUUUUGUCUCGUUCUUUUUCAUGCAGUAUUUAGGGGGACCCAUAAAGUCGAUUGUAAUUUAAAGGCCGUUGAAUGAGGCAAUGCGGGUUGCGUGGAGCCUAAGUUGUGUUUUGAUUCUGCUUUUGGGAUUUUAUAAUGGUGAUGGUGAUUGCGGGUGCUGGGUUACGGACGACGAGCUGGGUUGCUGUUGUUGUUGGAGGGGAGUGGAAAAGGAACUGGUUAUGAGGGAGCUGUAAGCUAGGAGAUGGAGCUUUGAUGAGGGCAUGUGUUGGUUUUGUAGACUAGGGUCAUCUUGAGUGCGGGGAGAAAAGAAUGUGGUACCUCAAGCUUUCAUUCCCUCUCUGCGUCUGUGUACAGUGCGAGGAGCAAUCUGAUUGUGAUCGUUUACGGCUUCAGAGGUUGGCGGGGGGCAACCUCCUCAUAUCGACAGGGAAAGUUGAAUGCGGAAGCUGUGAUGUCACUCGCCAUGUUGAGAGAGGGGUGGAUGAUGCGGUGUUGUAGCGACGGUGUAGCAGCAGCAGCAGAUAUCGAUUGUUGCUAGGGAUUGGAGGGCUCUUGUUAGUGAAGUCUUCUAAUUUGUGGUAAUGUGGUCUUCUAUAGCUCGGAACCUCGUUUGGACGACUGCUGCAAAGGUUUCAGCUUAAUUUUGGUGUUCUGGCACCUGGUAUUCAGGGUGACCUAGACUGAGAAGCAAAAUCGUGUAGAAUCAAGACAAUUUGUAAGCAGCUAUUGCCAAUUGCACUUAGCAUUGAUUGGUGUAUCGUAGUUGUGUUGCAUUCCGCGCUGCACAGAUUUAGAUUGGUGUUGGCAGUGCAUCUUUGCGUCAUCGUCAAGACGCUGUCGAUACGAACGUAGAGUACGAAUAUAUAUAUAUAUAUAUAUAUAUAUACAUGCUUUCCCAAUCACCUUUUAAACAGACGUGGAAAGAACUGGAACUGUUGCACAAAAUCAUAGGCGUGCUGUAGAAACUAAGCGAGUUGACAGAGGUUGGUGCAUUGCGACUUUUGCUUUUACAGAAUAUUUUGGCAGAGUAAAGCCCAAGCAUUGCGAGCGAUGGCUAUUCAGUAGGAUUCGUUUUCCAGAAGCUAGUUAGGUUAAGACGUAGGCAAUGGCAGCGGGUGAUUUCAGCAAUGUUGAAAUUGAGAUCCGUCAGCAGAUCGAUAGAUGGGUGGCCAGUUUGGAGGCUGAGGCAAACCACGUGAGUGCCAAGCGGGACGCGGCUCUUGGGCUGCGGUCACUCACGAGGAAAAGCUCAUUGAACCGGGAGUACAUUGCAACGAAGGGCGCGAUUCCGGCGAUCGUGUCUGUUUUGCGCGACAGCACCGACCCUGAAACCAAGAAACAUGCGGUUACUCUCCUUCUCAACCUCUCCAUCCAUCCCAACGUGAAAGACGAGAUAAUGGCAGCGGGCGCUCUCGAUCCUAUCGUGCAAGUGCUGAAAUACGGCGACUGCGAAGCCCGGGCGAAUGCUGCCGCAGCAUUGUUCAGCCUCUCCACCAAGACUACAACGAACAAAGCACUCAUCGGGAGCUCAACAGACGCUAUCCCUGCCCUCGUCAAGCUCCUGACAGAAGGCACCACGCGAGGAAAGAAAGACGCGGCGAGUGCUAUCUUCGAUCUCGCAAUCUGUCACGAAAACAAGGCAAUUGCAGUGCGAGCUGGUGUAAUCCCGCCCCUCGUGGAUCUGCUUCUCGACGAGAAGCAAGGCAUAGUGGACGAAGCCCUCGCAACCCUCGCAAUCUUAGCCACUCACGUGGAGGGCCAGGCUGAAAUUGGCCGGGUGGGCGCGUUGCCUCUCCUCAUCGAUAUCAUAUCCGAGAGCAGCCCACAGAACAAAGAGAACGCCGCAGCUAUUCUUCUGGAGCUGUGCUGCAGUGAUCCCAACAACACUUACAUGUCUGCGAAGCUGGGCGUGUGUGGACCUCUUGGCGAGCUCUGUAGCACCGGCACGAGCAAGGCCCGCCGGAAAGCGCGCAAGCUCCUGGACCUGCAGCGGCAUGCCCAACACAGACACGGUCACUUUGGUGCCAGAUCCUUCUGUGAAUGCCUGCAGAAUUCAAUUAUAGAGUACAGGCCCUCGAUUUUCAAGCGUGGUACUGCGAGCCCUUCGAUUUCUCGUGAGGAGCUCCCUUUCGCCGGUUCAAUUAAUUUUGUAAGUGGCUCUGGGGCUCAUCGUGUUGGCUUAGCAAGGCCACGUUCGUCGGCUUCCGGCUUGUGCCUUUUGGCACGCAGUAGUACCUCUGGCAACCAACACUACAGUGUCAGUGACAGCUUGGGACGAGAUGUUUUGGAGCACCUUCAGUCUCAGUUUGCCUGCAUCGUAGAUUGAGAAGUCGAAACGAAUUGCAACAGAGCACUGACACUUCUGAAUCUCCACUCACGUGUAGCUCGUGUGACCAGGUUUGACGCUGUAAAAGCCUCAUAUAAUGUGCCAAGUGGCUUCUCCGUCCCCAUUUCGCACACUACUUUUUUCUGAGGACCAAUUCUAACUUAGAUCCGCGCAAUCCUCCGACUCUGGCUUAACUCAUGGAUCUGAGACCACAAUUCCUCAUCAAACAGCCUAGUCCAGAGAUUCUAGCCUUGACGUAUCACAGCUACAACAGAUUGCUUGCCCUCGAUCGACAGGAUUUCGUCAACCAGGGUGUUCCAGAUGAACGAGAGCUUGGACAAUGUGUUCGAUUUCUGGUGUUAGAGACCAAUUUUCACAAAACUAGCUUUAGAAAACUCCUGUUCAAAAAUGUUUUUGGCAUAGUCACCUCCCACUAUUCAUCCUAGCUCAAUUGCAAUCUAACAUGAUGGAGAAUGUGCUAACUUGCAAUGCAUUGUCUUGUUUUUAGAAGUGAGUGAACUACUCUACUUCUAUUAUUGUCCUUUGAAGGUUGUGGACUACCCACUUUUAAUUUAA